AUUUUUUUCAAUAUCAAGAUCUUACAAAGGAUUAAUAGCGAAGGCUAAUUCGUAUAAGAUUAUAGAUAGAAGAAAGUAAAACUAUGUCGUUUUGUACUCGUGAUGCUGCAGGAACGCUAAUAGCAAGGAAGAAGGUUGUAGGUGUGAGAAAUGCUGAGGAAGAUAGCAGUUCAUAUGUUUCUUUGCCUAAUGGAGAUGAUCUUGGAAGUGACAAGAAGCAGGAGGAUCAUCUAGAAUCAGCUAAAGCCAAAAUGGAUGCAGUUAGAGAAGACAAUGAAAGACUAAAACUGACUUUAUCUCAAAUCUUGAAAGAUUACCAUUCUCUGAAAAAGCAUUUCCAUAGUAUUGCUCCACAAGAUGAUGAGCCCACAGUACAAAAGAAUACGCCAACACCAACGGAAUUUUUUCAGGGGGCAUCACUUCCGGAUCUGCCAGUGGUAGAAGAAUCCAAGCUCGUUUCUCUUAGCCUCGGGAGAUUUUCAUCAGUUGAUGAAAAAAGGGAGGAGAGGAGGAAUAACAUCGAGAAGAAUCAUGAGGAGCACUAUAAAUUUGAUGGACUUGAACUAGGGUUGGACUGCAAAUUUCAUUUAGGUUCUUCUGAUGUCAUGAAGAAUCCAAGUACAGAGAAUCGUUUGGAUGAUUCCAAGGAAGAUGAACAAAAUGGUACAUGGACACCCAGUAAAAGCCUAAAGACAAAAAGAAGUGGAGAUGAUGAAAUUCUACAGCAGAACCCAUUGAAGAAGCCUAGGGUUUCUAUAAGAGCCACAUGCGACACCCAAACGAUAAAUGAUGGAUGCCAAUGGAGAAAAUAUGGACAAAAAAUAGCAAAAGCGAAUCCUUGCCCUCGGGCAUACUAUCGCUGCACAGUAUCAUCGUCUUGCCCAGUACGGAAACAGGUGCAAAGAUGCGCAGAAGACAUGUCGGUUUUGAUCACUACCUAUGAAGGAACACACAACCAUCCACUUUCAGUAUCAGCUAAGGCCAUGGCUUCUGCAACCUCUGCAGCUGCUGCCAUGCUAAAGUCCGGCUCCUCCAUCUCGCAACAAGGCCUUGGAUUCUCAGCCACCUCCUCCACUAGUACUAAUCUCCAUGGAUUGAACUUCAAUUCCACUAAUAACUUAACCACAUCCCAGCCUUCCUAUUUUCCUCGACCUUCCAUCUCGUCUUCCCAGUCACACCCUACAGUUGUUCUUGACCUUACCACACCUAAUAUUUCCUCUCACAAUAAAUUAUCUUCAAGCUUAUUUUCUGAUAGGCCCUCCACGUCCACAUGUCUCAACUUUUCAUCAACGCCAUCAUUUUCGUCCUUCAACUCCCACACCCUAAAAGCAUCCUUGAAUAACGAAUUUCAUACCCGAUCAGGGGCAUUGUUCAACAGCAGAAACCAUAUGGGAGCAUCUUAUAAUUCUCAACCUUAUAUCCAUAGUAAUGUCCAAACUUCUCCAGAAGUACAGAAUAUGCAUGUGCAUGUGACAGAUAAAAUUGCUGCUGCAACUAAGGCAAUUGCCCGUGAUCCAACAUUUCAAUCAGCAUUAGCUGCAGCAAUUACAUCUUUCCUUGGAAAUUCAGGCGGUAAUGUUCAAGAAAAUCAUGGCUCAGGAGGGAAUUCUGGACAGAAUUUUCAUCUAUAUUUUCCUCAACAAUCCAUGAAGGAUGAGAUCGGAUGUACAACAAGCUUUAUCAACCAUUGAUUUUCCAACAAAAGAACUUGAUAUUAUUUCCUCCGUUAACAUUUUCGAGAUGGAAAUCUACAUGUCACUUGUUGGGAAUUUUACGUCAAUUCCCUUUA